ACAGAGAGAGAGAGAGAAGCCAAGUGGGAAGGCAAAAACAAGAUGAAGGGAAGAGAAGAAGGGAGAGCUGCCUCUUGGAAACGCUGAGAGAGAGAGAGAGAGAGAGAGAGAGAGGCAGUGAGGACGAGGAGGCAGCCAGCUACUCUUGCACGGUUUGAGCAGAGGGAAGGAGAUGGUUGGAGGAGGAGGAGGUGUGAUGCUGCUCUCCGGUGCUGCCUGAACCAAACCAGGAGAGAGCGAGAGGAGAGGAGCAGCAGAGCGGAGGAGAAGGGACACCUUAUAAACAAUAGCUGGAGGAGAAGACAGAGAAAGAGGGGAGAGAGAGGAUGGCAUGAAGAGGAUGGAGGAGUGGAGAGCCAGCAGAGAUGCCUGGUUGCUCAGGCUCACAUGAGUGCACGGACCUGCGCCCGGCUACCGUUACUACAAGAUGCUUUCAAAGAACCACCGUGUGAGAGCAGAGUGCUACUGUGCAAGUGAUGGACAUCAGCACAAACUACGACUGCUUCCCCAGUAGUAGAUAGUCCUUCUACACCAGAUGUGUGUGUGUUUGAGUGUGUGUGUGUCGGUGUGUGAACAUAUGACCGUCCAGCUGUUUAGGAGGUAAACAGGGUCAGGUGCACCCAGAACAGGGAAACAAGGAGGAAAGUGGGAAGACACACUGAUGUGAGCAGGUGCACACACAGACAUGUGAGUGUGCAUGUGUGCGACGAGCACAUCGAAGCCUCGGUCCAACCAUCUCAGGUGCAGUUGAGGUUGUGAGCGCGUGUGUGAAGAAGAAAAGGCGCUCACAUGAGGCGUCACUGAAUUUCUUCAAGCUUCUUGUUGGGCUCUUCUCUCACACUAAACCACCUGAAACCGCUCCCUACCUCAUCUCAACAAGUUACCUUGAAGACUGAAGAAGGGACGUGGAGACCAUCAGUGGUGCUCCUGCUGACUGGACAGCCCAUCAGAAGUGGGCUCAGCCCCGAUUUCCUGUACCCAGUGGAUGCCUCCUAACUCCAGCCAUGGGAGAGUGGACCAUCCUAGAGCGCCUCCUGGAGGCUGCAGUGCAGCAGCACUCGACUAUGAUCGGAAGGAUCCUCCUGACAGUGGUGGUGAUCUUCCGUAUCCUUAUCGUGGCCAUCGUUGGUGAGACAGUGUACGAGGACGAGCAGACAAUGUUCAUCUGCAACACUCUCCAGCCCGGCUGCAACCAGGCCUGCUACGACAAAGCCUUCCCUAUUUCUCACAUUCGUUACUGGGUCUUCCAGAUCAUACUGGUGUGCACGCCCAGCCUCUGCUUCAUCACCUACUCCGUCCAUCAGUCGGCCAAGCAGAAAGACCGGCGCUAUUCCUUUCUCUAUCCCAUCAUGGAAAGGGACUAUGGGGGAAGGGACGGGGCGCGAAAGCUUCGCAACAUUAAUGGAAUUCUAGUUCAGCAUGGCGGCGAUGGCGGAGGAGGGAAGGAAGAACCAGACUGCAUGGAGGUGAAGGAGAUUCCCAAUGUCCCGCGGGGCCUGACCCAUGGGAAGAGCUCCAAGGUUCGCCGAGAGGGAAUCUCCCGCUUUUACAUCAUUCAGGUGGUGUUCAGAAACGCGCUAGAGAUCGGGUUCUUGGCGGGCCAGUAUUUCCUCUAUGGCUUCAGCGUGCCUGGGAUUUUCGAGUGCGACCGCUAUCCAUGUCUCAAGGAGGUUGAGUGCUACGUGUCCCGGCCCACCGAGAAAACUGUUUUCCUGGUGUUCAUGUUUGCGGUGAGUGGCAUAUGCGUGGUGCUCAACCUGGCUGAGCUCAACCAUCUGGGCUGGCGCAAGAUCAAGGCGGCCAUCAGGGGCGUCCAGGCCCGCAGGAAGUCUAUCUGCGAAAUCAGGAAGAAGGACAUGGCCCAUUUGUCCCAGCCACCCAACCUGGGUCGCACACAGUCCAGCGAAUCAGCCUACGUGUGACCGUGAAGAGAAAAAAACGAGGAGGAGUGGAUGAAUGUGCACGAGAGAGUAUGAAUUAAUUUUGAUUUUAAUUUAAUGACGACGGUGUGGAGGUCAAACAAGAUGACCUCUCCUCUGUGGAAUGACACACAAUGCGAGAAGACCAAAUCUCUGACUCUUUGACUCUGUAGGUCUGGAGAGAGUAGAAGAAGAAGAAAACGACUGAGCAUAAGAGGGGACAAAAAGUUCUCUGCAUACAAACAUGAUUUUGGUUUCCUGGGGAGCUAUUCCAUUUUCUACUUUUGUCUUUUUAAUUAAUUACCUUCUCCUCUGCCCCUCGUUUCUUAUAAUGGGAGGAAUUUAAUCCUCAAGAGCCUGAAGAGGGCAGGACUUGAAAGAAGAGAAAGAAAAGGGGAAGAGAGAGGAGGACUGAUGAGAUGCUGUUUAGUGUUCUUUGGGGAUUUUGGAAGACAAUGGCAGUGUUUGAUGCAUCCAAUGGUGCUUUUCUUCUGGACUGUGUCAGCCACAGUGAAAAAGGGGGGACAGGAAAAGGGGGGGGACAGAGAGGACGAGUGGCAACAUCAUUAAAUGAGGACCGGAAGAACUGUCACAACCAUGACAGACUCUGGAGAUCGAAGGCGAAUUAGUGAGUGAGAAAGAGUAGGAGGGAUGCAUCACACUCUGGGAAAACGUAUGAAAGAACUGCGGAGCGAGGGAAGAGAGGAAACUUUUCUCCUUCGCUUCCUCUCCCCGCUGGAGAUUCAAGGUAAAAAAUGAAGCCAAGACAGACGGAGCUGCCUCUGAUCAGUGUCAGCCUCACCUCUGCUGGAACACUGUCACGAGCCAAAACCAAGAGAAAAAGACUGACGACGUUUAUGUUUUGUCUCUUGGCAAAAGAUGAUUUUAACACAAACACAAGCGAGUACCAUAAACACUUGCCUCCUUUCUAUCUCUCACAUUCCCUGCUCCACGGUUGGCAGCUACAUAGUCCCCUGGGGCUUGGGAUGACAGUAAUGACUCUCGCUGCACUCCCGCUACGUAAACUCUGGAGAGGAACAAAUGAACAAACAAAGUGUAAACGUCAGUGUCUCCCGAAGCACAAACCAAGUGUCCCUCCUUCCAGCAUUCCAGUGUGUUGAGAGAUAACGGAGAGGGGGACAGGAAGAAGAAGGGAGCUCGUAGAGGAGGCACAGUGAUGACUUUAUUACAACUUUAAACAUAUUUGAUAAAGUUUAUCGCCAUGAAUCAUGAUUUUCUUUUUGAGAA